ACAAUGAAAUUCGGAAUAUGCAAAGGAAAAACGAAUUCUGGGAGGAUACAGGAAAAAUGUAUUUACGAAGCAGACUUAGAUCAAGCCCUGGAUGUAGCUGGUAUUGGUUACUAUAAUAUCAAAUACUGCCUGAUACUAGCAUUUUUCAUAGUAACAUCGACGAUAGAACCAUUUGGAUAUGGCUUUGUUUUGCCUGCAGCUAAGUGUGAUCUGCAGAUGAACGAAGGGCAGCGGGGGAUUAUUGCGUCGAUACCUUACAUAGGUAUUUUAGCGUCUUCGUUUCCCUGGGGCUAUCUUAUCGAUACGUGGGGAAGGAAAAGAGCUCUAGUUUACAGUUCACUGUUCGCUGGUAUAUUUUCAAUAAUAUCUGCAUUUAUGCCAAACUUAAUAACAUUUGCUGUUUGUAAACUACUUUCAUCAUUAUGUAUAUCGUGUACUGCAGCCGCGCCUUACACCUAUAUUGCCGAGAUUUUGCCACCGAAAUACAGAGAUGUGGCGGCAACUGUUAUGAAUCCCAUACAAAUAAUGGGUUCCGCUUUAGUGCCUUUAUUGGCGUGGGGAAUUCUAUCUUUAGACUUCAAAUUAGAAUUCGGUAUUUACGUUUUUCGACCUUGGAGAUUGCUAUGCCUAGCCUAUGGAAGUUUUUUCAUCAUAGCUGCCAUCCUAGCAUAUGAUGCGCCGGAAAGUCCCAAAUUCCUCAUGUCUCAAAAUAGAAUCGAAGAAAGUCUUAACAUAUUGAAAAUAAUAUAUUCUAAAAACAAGAAGAAAGCACUCAAUGAUUAUCCUAUAAAAACCUUAAAAAGAGAGCCUAACAGACAAACAGAUAGCUACGGUUUCCGCUCUUCGUUGAAAAGACAGUCAGCUCCUUUGUUGCAGCCUCCAUACAUUAAGUGGAUAGCUCUAAAUAGUUUCUUGCUCUUCGGAGUUUAUGCAAAUUUGAGUGGCCUUUACGUUUGGACCCCUGACUUUGUGAAUAGAAUAAUUCUAUUUGGUGGUCUGAACGGAGCUUCUGCUUGUGAUGUCAUAGUCCAGGAACUACCAACGAAUUCAAUAAAUAACGUCACAUGUGACGAUUCUAUUAACACCAACACCUCUCUCAUAAGUUUUACAGCGUGUUGUUUGUGCAGUAUCGUCGCGUUGCCAGUUAGCAUCAGCGUAAAAGUUAUUAGCAAAAAGACAUUGAUAUCCUUCGUUCUCCUAACCACCGGUGUUUGCUGCGUUUUAAUCAACUUUGUAAAGAAUGGUGUCCUCCUAGUGAUAUUCAUGCAGUCAUUGGUGAUGACCACACUUGCAAUAGGACCUAUUGGGGCGUACACUACGGACAUUUUUCCUACACAUCUAAGAGGUAUGGCAAUGUGUUUGGUAAUGAUGGUUGGUCGUACAGGAGCAAUUUUUGGUUCAAACCUGGUCGGCUCACUUAUAAACACCGGUUGUGUGGCUAAUUUCUACAUUUUCGGCGGUUUGUUAUUAAUUUGUGCAUUUUUCUCGUUCUGCCUUCCAAAUGACAAAUCCAAGGAACAUGACAAAACAAGCAUUGAAAUCACGAAAUUAUAACAGUUGGUGUUUUAAUUUAA